GCCACUCGAUUUAGUCUAAGUGUGAUCAGUCGCUGAUGGCAGCGUCGUUUAGGUGGUUAUUACAACUACACAAAGACGUUCCAAAAGCCGCUAGUUUCUACUCAGAAGGCUUAGAUUUCACUGUCAACGUUUGCACUCUCCGUUGGGCUGAACUUCAAUCUGGUCCUCUUAAGCUUGCUCUCAUGCAUUCUCCCAUUGACCAAAGCACACAGAAGGGAUACACUUCGCUUCUUUCAUUUACAGUGACAGAUAUCAACAGUACUGUGACUAAACUUAUAGCAUUAGGAGCUGAACUUGAUGGAACUAUCAAACAUGAAGUACAUGGAAAGGUUGCAGCUAUGAGGUGCAUUGAUGGACAUGUCUUAGGCCUCUUUGAACCUGCUUAAGAUACUAGAAAUUGUAAUCAACUAGGCUGUUGUUGUUGCUUCUUUUCCUUUUCUUUUUUUUUGUUUCCCAUAUGGUGUUUUAAUUCACUAUUGUUUGAAGAAUAAUUGUGAUGUUGAGAAAAGUAAAGCAAGGUUUCAAUUUUUCUUAAAAACUUAUG